AUGGAUUUUACAAGCAAGUUUCACAGAAACGAUGAUCCAUUAAAGUAUUUAAUCGAAAUGGGAUUUAUAGGAAUGAUCAAAAAUACUUACAAAACUCUGCUUAUCAUUACUUGCUCUGUAGUGUCCACUUCGGGAACAAUUUUCGGAUUGUUCCACACUUGUUUCCUAUCUAAUUGGGAAACGUGCAAAAGAAACUUACCAACAAUCGGUUUAAUCAUAAUCUACAACGCUUCAUUCCUUGCAGCUCUUACUUUAAAAUCGAAAGCAUUAAAUUUUAUUUCAACAUUGCACGAAGAAGGAAAUUGCUUGAGUAGCAUCGAAAACUCAUUACACGAGCGAUGCGGCGUUAUAAAAAAAAUAUUUCUUUGCCUUCGAUUGCUGUGGUUAGUCGCACUUUUGGUGGUAAUGAUGUCGAUGAGGACCUGCAUCAGGUAUUCGUUUUUCAUCGGGAACAUCAUCGACAAGGAUUUCAUCGGAUCUUAUUUGCCAAUGUUCAUCAUAUAUUCACUGUCUUACGCAGCAUCCCUAGUUGUGGCUUAUUACGCCCUUAGUUUGAUAGCUGUUUACAUUUACAUUUCGAAUCACAUCAAAUUCCAAUUUUCUGUUUUUAAUACUUACUUAUUUUACAAGAAUUCUAAACGAGUAAAAACCGAUGCACUCGUGAGUAUUGAAAUUAAGAGGGCUGUUAUUAUGCACCAGAAAUGUUUGAGGGUUUUUAAAUCAGCGAAAUGUUUGAUGGCUUGGUUUUCUUUAUGUCUGUCGCUAUACACGAUCGGCACUUCGAUUGUGGGAAUCUUUUUAGUGACAUUUGACGAUUGUUCAACAAUGGAAUUGGCAACCAUUUCGCUGUUACUUCUGAACUUUUUCUCUUUCAGUUGGUUCAGUUAUCUCGUACAAAACGUAUUUGACGAGAUAAACCAGGUGUAUGUAAAUUUAAUCGAUUUUCCUUGGUUCAAUUGGAAUCAACAGAACAAAACAACGUUUCUGAUAUUACUAUUAAAAAAUGUACAACCUUUAGAGGAUAAAUAUUACGAUAUUCCAGCUUUGGAUUUCAGAAUGUUGCUUCAAGUCACCAGAAUCAUUUACUCAAUAGUAGCAUUCUUUAUUAACAUUCGUAAAAUUCAAUAA